AGGCGCCGUCCCAGGUGGCGCGGCGGCCCGCGCGGGGUGCCCCGCCGCGCGACUGCUGGAGCGGCCAUGCCUCCGAAGGCCGUCUUCAAGGGCCAGACCUUCGCUCUGUCGGGCAAGCUGGCCCUGCCCCGGAAAGAAUACGAGGAGACCAUCCGCAAGCACGGCGGCGAUGUGGCGGCGAGCGUCACAACGGCGGUGACCUUCCUCAUCUCCACGGAGGACGAUGUCAAGGCUGUCUCCCAGAAGGUGGCCACCGCGCUGGGCCGCAAGCUGCCCGUUGUGCAGGAGGGCUUCGUGGGCGCCUGCGUCACCGCCAAGAGGCUUCUCGAGCCCGGGAAGUUCGCGAUCAAGGCGCCUGUGGCGAAGAAGCGCGCUGCCUCGAAGGGCGGCGACGGAGUGCCGCCGGCGAAGGCGGCGAGGGCGGCGAAGGCUGUCGCGGAGGUCGUGCUGGGGGCAACGCCCGUGAUGGCCAGGUCGGGGCUGGAGGACAAGGCGGCUGUAGUCGAAGAGAAGUUCGAGAAGGGCUUCGUCAAAGGCUCGCUGCUCUGGGACGUAGAGCUGGUCCUCAACGACGUGGCCGCGGGAAAGGACAAGUUCUACAACAUGCAACUGCUUGCCGCAACGGCUGGCGACCAGUUCUGGACGGUGCAGAACUGGGGCAAGACUGGCAUGGCAGGACGUGUCCACACCGACGGGCCCUUCGCCGACCUGGUCUCCGCGAAGCGCAACUUCCGGAGAAAGUACAGGGCGAAGACAGGCAACGUCUUCGGGGAGCUCGGGGCCUCCUUUCUGGAGAAAGACGGCAAGUACAAGGUCCUGGCGAAGGACGAGAAGAAGUCGUGUGACGCGCCGGGCGUCUGGCAGUACUAUCCACGCGGAUAUGCACAAUGAGGUGGAUGGCAAGAAAGUUGGCUGGUACAACUAUGAGGGGCAGGCCGCCGAGAACAUGGAGAAGUACUGGAAACAGCUUCAGACCAAUGCUGGACUUGAGGUGAGGAUCGUGCACACGGACUAUGUGGAUACGAGGUGAACUUCGCCGACAUGGUGCAGAGGAACAUCAAG